ACGCUUUCCGCACUGGAAACUUUGGUUAACGUUUUUUUUGACGGUGUGAAGUGAGCAGGAUAAUCGACUUCCUUGCCUCUUGGACGGACACAAAGCAGAGCAACGAUGGCUGUCGAAAAUGUGAGCGUGGCCUUCAAAUUGUACUGUCUGACAGUGAUGACACUGGUGGCAGCUACAUACACAGUGUCGCUGAGGUACACAAGGACCAUUUCAUCAGGAGAUCUGUACUUCUCCACAACUGCCGUGUGCAUCACUGAGGUCAUUAAAUUAAUACUGAGUCUGGGGAUGCUGACAAAAGAAACGGGAAGCCUCACCAGACUGAAGAACGCUUUAGUGGAACAUGUCUUCUUUAGCCCAAAAGAACUGCUGAAGCUGAGCGUGCCCUCCGUAGUGUAUGCAGUUCAGAAUAACAUGGCCUUUCUUGCCUUGAGUAACCUUGAUGCAGCAGUUUAUCAGGUGACCUAUCAGCUGAAGAUCCCGUGCACAGCCUUGUGUACAGUCCUCAUGCUGAACCGAUCUCUCAGCCGACUGCAGUGGUUCUCUGUCUUCAUACUCUGUGGGGGCGUAACACUCGUUCAAUGGAAGCCUGCGGAGGCCACUAAAGUUCAGAUUGAGCAGAGUCCUUUUGUUGGGUUCAUCGCCAUCGCGAUUGCUGUCAUUUGUUCUGGAUUUGCAGGUGUGUACUUUGAGAAGGUGUUGAAGAGCUCAGACACGUCUCUGUGGGUGAGAAACAUCCAGAUGUAUCUGUCCGGCAUUGUGGUCACUCUGAUGGGUGUUUUCAUGAACGAUGGCGAGAAGAUCCUGGAGAAAGGCUUCUUCUUUGGUUAUACGCCCUGGGUGUGCUUUGUAGUAUUCUUGGCCAGUGUGGGUGGUCUGUACACGUCGGUAGUGGUGAAGUACACAGACAACAUCAUGAAGGGUUUCUCUGCCGCAGCCGCCAUUGUUCUUUCAACUGUGGCGUCUGUCCUCUUGUUUGGAUUACAGAUAACACUCUCGUUUGCCUCGGGAGCCCUGCUGGUGUGUGUUUCCAUCUACUUGUAUGGACUUCCAAAGCAGGACACAUUGAAGCUACGCCAUAAAGACACAGACACGGAAUCCAAACAGAGACUGAUCACUGUGUAAGUCAUCAGCUUGCAGAAGGAGUCUCCUUUGCUGGUUGUCCAGGUCUGUCAGCUUCAGCCAUGCUGGAGCGAAUAGUAGUAACAGGACUUUGUUACUCUUUAUUUAAAUGCCUCUAUAUAUCUAUUCAAGGGUGCGUGUAAAUAUCCCAACUCAGUAUUAUGUAGUUUGUUCUUUCAAUCAGUAAUGAGUUGGUUUUCCACUGCAGUGUUAGUGUCACAUGUCCAUAUCAUAGUCAGGAUUCUGAAUGUGCCCAACUUGCAGGAAAACGUACUUGAAAGAAAGAUGACUGCAUGUGUGAUGUUUAUAAUAUC